GGAGCAGCAGACACGGGCCCCCAGGCGGAGCAGCAGGCACUGGGCCCCCAGGCGGAGCAGCAGGCACCGGGCCCCCAGGCGGAGCAGCAGGCACCGGGCCCCCAGGCGGAGCAGCAGGCAUCGGGCCCCCAGGCGGGGCGACAGGCAUCGGGCCCCCAGGCGGGGCGACAGGCAUCGGGCCCCCAGCGGAGCGGCAACAGGCAUCGGGCCCCCAGGCAGAGCGGACGGGUCCGGACCCCCAGGCAGAGCGACAGGGCGCUCGGCCCCCAGGCGGAGCGACAGGUCUCGGGCCCCCAGGCGGAGCGGCGGGCGCCGGACCCCCAGGCGGAGCGACAGGUCUCGGGCCCCCAGGCGGAGCGGCGGGCGCCGGACCCCCCAGGCGGAGCGGCAGGUCUCGGGCCCCCAGGCGGAGCGGCGGGCACCGAGUCACCAGGCACGACAGUGGGCUCCGAGUCAACUGGCAUGACCGCUGGCACUGGGUCAGACAUUGGAUCGUCUGGCUGGACAGCGGGCAUCGGGUCACCAGGCAUCAGGUCAUUUGGCUCGACAGCGGGCACCGUGUCAUCUGGCAAGGCAGUGGGCUCCGAGUCAACUGGCGUGACCGCGGGUACUGGGUCAGACAUUGGAUCGUCUGGCUGGACAGCGGGCAUCGGGUCACCAGGCAUCAGGUCAUUUGGCUGGCUCGACAGCGGGCACCGCGUCAUCUGGCAAGGCAGUGGGCUCCGAGUCAACUCGUAUGACCGCGGGCACUGAGUCAGACAUUGGAUCGUCUAGCUGGACAGCGGGCAU